AUGUUCACGGCCGUGUUCCUUCUCCUAUCUCACAUCACACUAGCGCUGAGCAUGCCAACAUACCAUCUCGCCACGCGGGAGACCAAGAACAACGCAGUCCACGACGCUCAUAGCUACAGCAAGAGGGCCAUCAACCUUAGCAGCAUCAAAAGCACCCUUGCCGGAGGAGCCGCUGGUCUCGUCAUUCUUGCACUUGUCAUCGGACUGGGUGCCGCAUCUAUUGCGAUCCUUGGCUCAAUUGAAUGGGCAGAAUUCAGGGGAAAGAACAAGAAGGAGGCACAGAAGGGCGUCGCAAAGGAGAAGGAGGAGUUUGAAUCGGACUCGGACUCGGACUCUAUCAAGGAGUACAAGGAGAAGGCAGUGCAACAGCCUAGGCUGGAAGAGGCUGUGACCGACGAGAAACCCAGGAUGCCCAGUAUGCCGAAAAGGUCGCGUUUGUCAUUAAAGAGUUUCCUGCCCCCCAUGGACUUCAACUCUGCAUGGGGAUCGAACCCCUUUAAGUCAUGA